GGCGGCACUUGGGCUGCAGCUCUCAACCCGAGGCUGUCAGUCUCUCUCAGCGCUCUGAAAGACCAAGAGAGGCUGCAGCGGAGUAGGAUGCUCUGCGGAGCGCCCUGAGUCAGGGGCUCUAGAAGGAGCUUCGGGGACCGGGGCAACUGGACACCUUUCACCAUGCAUCAGUCCCUGACUCAGCAACGGUCCAGCGACAUGUCCCUGCCCGAUUCCAUGGGGGCCUUCAAUAGGAGGAAGCGGAACUCCAUCUAUGUUACUGUGACUCUGCUUAUUGUGUCCAUGUUAAUUCUCACGGUGGGCCUCGCUGCAACGACCAGGACCCAGAAUGUGACUGUGGGAGGUUACUACCCAGGAGUUAUUCUUGGCUUUGGAUCAUUCCUUGGAAUCAUCGGAUCAAACCUUAUUGAGAACAAGCGGCAGAUGCUGGUGGCUUCUAUCGUGUUUAUCAGCUUUGGCGUGAUUGCAGCUUUUUGUUGUGCCAUAGUAGAUGGGGUCUUUGCUGCCAAACACAUUGAUUUGAAACCACUCUAUGCUAACCGGUGCCACUAUGUUCCCAAGACAUCCCAGAGGGAAGCUGAGGAGGUCAUAACUUCCUCAAGCAAACUUUCUCCUUCAACGAGGGCUUUGCGGAACCUUACCCAGGCAGUUAAAGAGGUGAACUGCCCUCAACUUAGCCGUGGACUCUGCACACCUCGCAUCCGGGGCAACACCUGCUUCUGCUGUGACCUCUACAACUGUGGCAAUAGGGUGGAAAUCACUGGCGGGUACUAUGAAUACAUUGAUGUCAGCAGCUGCCAGGACAUCAUCCACCUGUACCACCUACUCUGGUCUGCCACCAUCCUCAACAUCGUUGGCCUGUUCCUGGGUAUCAUCACUGCUGCGGUCCUUGGAGGAUUUAAGGAUAUGAACCCUACCGUUCCGGCACUGAACUGCUCUGUUGAAAAUGCCCACCCAACUGUUUCUUACUAUGCUCGUCCCCAAGUGACAUCGUACAAUACCUACUACCAUAGCCCUCCUCAUCUGCCGCCGUAUUCUGCUUAUGACUUUCAGCAUUCCAGUGUCUUUCCCUCCCCUCCCUCUGAUGAGCAGGAGCCCCAGUCCGCCUCUCCUUCGCCCAGCUACAUGUGGUCCUCCAGCGCACCACCCCGUUAUUCUCCACCCUACUACCCACCUUUUGAAAAGCCACCACCUUACAGUCCUUAAGGAGCACCUGUCGGCUAUUGAGAUUAUUGUGGCUUUUGUAUUUCUGCUUUAGUGGAAGUGUGUAGGGUACAACAUCUAAAGUGUGACUCUUAUGCAUAGUUUUACAGCAGCUUGCCAGGCUAGGGAAAGAUAGGGAUGGAGCUUAUUCAUUAAAAGGGAAGGGUAGGAUUGGCUAGGCCAAACCCAAUACUUCCAAGAAGGGAAGUAGUUCUGACACAGAAAGUUCUGGCUAGGAUUUUUGUUUGCUUAUGUCUGGAUAUUGGAUAUUAACAAAAAGCUGCCCAUAUCUUACUCGGUUCUUCUCCGAGUCUUGUAAAAAUGGCUGUUGUGAUCAUUCAGCUCAGCUUUUGUUACUGGUACCUCCUAAGGGGAAAAGUGCAAUAGUCCCUCACUGUGAGUGGUGAUGAGGACUGACUGAUUCAGAAGUGUGCUGUUUUCAGUAGAUCUCAGUAUAUACAACUGACAGCUUAGGAGACAGUGUUUCUAUUAUAUGUUGCAUUAUUAUAAAACAUAUUUGCUCCUGGAGAUACAAAUCUUACAGUUGAAAUUCAGAGUUUAAAAAUGCUAGAUUAGACUGGGUCGUGAUAUGAAUUGUUACUUAUCUUUGUGACUAUUUAAUCUUUGGAUAUUGUGCUUUAACCCCAGCAAACCGCACGAUCCUGCACCCCACCCUUGAAAACUCAUCUGUAUUUUAAUGCCACUGCUCUUAUUGGUCCUUUUUCCCCUGUUGAGAUCAAUUGUGACAGCAUUCAAUUCAAGAUUAUGAAAGUGUUACAAUGCCAUUUCAAGUCUUCAAGACCUUAAAUGCAGCCAACUUGACAAAUUCUUAAGUGUUCCGUAUUUAAAAUCCAUCUGGCACACUGUGGCAGUUAUACAGUUGUUUUAAUUAUACAGAGCUUUAAACCAUCAAGCUGUUGAGUUGGAAACACUUUGGCACCCAUGCCUUCACUCCAGCAUGAACACGUUCACUAGGAUUUUAUUUUAACCUGAGAACUGGUUUAAAGGGAGACUGAUAAUCCUACACUUGUAUUAUGUAAACGUACAGGAGAUACAGAGGACUCCUAAUGAGACAGUUCUGCAAACACAGGACAUACACUGGAAACAUUUCCAGCCCAUUUCGCUGCCUCGCACCUUUGCCGGUUGGAGGUGGCAGAUAAAUGCUGGUGCUCCCAUCUACCUUGUAGACACCUAAUCACCAAGAAUCAAGGCACAACAAGUGCACUCACUGUUCACAGGAACUAUUGAGUUUACCUUUCAGCAUCAUACUGUCCUAUCCAGACUUCAAAUCCAAAAGGCCACAACCCUUUUAGGUUAUACAAAAUUAUGGUUAUUUUUACAGUUCCGAACAUAAUAAAAUUCUACUGGAUUUCAAAAAAGGACUAAUAAUUAAUUGACUUCUUGUACAAACAUCACCUUGUAAUACCUAACAGUAUUUUGUCAUUUACACUUUACCCCUUGCUUUAGUGAAUGUGUAGAUUUUUAAAGGCACCAUUACAAAGUAUAUCUUCAAUGGUCACAUUUCUUAAAGUAUUAAGAUUCUAUGACUCAUUUCUAUGUAUUUUUCUUACUUUACAAAAUAACUUUAAACAGUAUAGAUUUUCUAACACUUAAUUUGAGCAGCUUUUUUUAUUACAUUGAAUUAUAUAACGUGCAUGUUACUUUAGGAAAAUUAAUAUUUGUUGCUUCAAUAUUCUGCAAAACAUUUGCUGUAAUGAAGGAAUUUGUAUUUCCAAUGUAUCUUGACUGCAUUUUAUAACAUUUACUGCUUUCUUCCUAAUUCUGCUUUAAAGUAUUGAACUGGGCAUGAAAUAUUAAAAUACUAAUUCAGAACCUGUAUAAACUAGAUAUUGCUUAAAAUCUGUAUCACUGCCAUGUUGGAAACCCAGACAGCUUUUGUGAUGUUUCAAAUUAAUAAAAUUAUCCUUCUCCCUAUGUAC